AAAUAACAAAGUUUUGUUUAUGUUUUGUUUUGUUUCUUUCGUUUCACUUUUUAUUAUUAUUUUAGAACUACUUUUAUUAGUUUAUAAUUUAAAACGUUUGCAUACAAACAUUCUUUAACUUUUAUUUUCAUUAGCUUAGGCUUAUACAUUACUUGUAAAAAGUGAACUUUAAUUAUUGUUUUUUUUAAAAUGUCUGGCUCUAAUGAUUCUUGCCAAAAUACAUCAGCAGUGUCUUCUUUGAGCGAUGUUAGCAGUUUAUUUCAAACUCCCAAGAAGUAUGAAGAGUUAAAUGUGAUUGGAACAGGUGCCUACGGUACAGUGUACAAAGCCAGAGACCUCCACAACGGUGGUCAAGUGGUGGCUAUGAAAAAAGUAAAGGUACCAAUCACCGAGGAUGGUAUACCACUGUCCACACUCCGUGAAAUAGCUCUUCUCAGGCAGCUGGAGGCCUACAGGCAUCCCAAUAUAGUGCGGUUGCUGGACGUGUGUCACGGUGGUCCGUCAGUGGACCGCGACCAGCAGUUAGUACUGUUCCUCGUGUUUGAACACGUGGAACAGGAUUUGGAGUCGUUCCUCAAGAGAGCACCAGGCCCGUUGUCUGAAAAUAGGAUACAGAGCAUGUCCCAUGACAUCCUAUCAGGCAUAGACUUCCUGCACUCGCACCGGAUCGUCCACAGAGACCUGAAGCCCCAUAACCUGCUCGUCACGUCCAGUGGCAGAGUGAAGUUAGCUGACUUCGGGCUGGCCAAGACAUACGAUACAGAGAUGAAGUUAACAAGUGUUGUGGUGACCCUAUGGUACCGGCCGCCCGAGGUGCUGCUCGGUGCCGCAUACAACACAGCGGUGGACGUCUGGUCAGCCGGGCUGGUGCUGGCGCAGCUGAGGACCAGGACCGCCUUGCUGCCUGGCGCCUCGGACUCUGAUCAGCUUCACUGCAUCUUCAGGCUGUUCGGGCGGCCGUCGCGCGAGGAGUGGCCGGCCACCGCAGCGGUGAUGAGGGACAGCUUCCCGGACUACCCGCCUCGCAGUCUCGCCGACCAACUGCCGCACGCUCCACCACUCGCGCUCGAUCUCCUCAAGGGUAUGCUUAUGUUCGACCCAGCGAAACGACUCACCGCGCUCGACUGUCUAGAGCACCCGUACUUCACCGACGAGCCUCUCGCCUAGUGUUUUAGUUUACUAAGCUAUUUAUAAAGCUAAUAUCACACAUCGUUAUAUAUAUAUAUAUAUAUAUAUAUAU